AUGUUUCUGCUAGGUCGUGUAACUGUGAGAGGUAUGCCGUUGGCUGGUGCGUGCAACGUGGCCCGCGGGGUCCGUGGGGUCCGCUGUUUCUCAGCGGUGAAGGUGUUGAUGCAACAGCAGCGGCCCUUACGGGUAGAUAGGGAGUUGCCCAACCCGCUGAAGGACAGGUACAAGCUGCGGUGGGGGUUUUUCGGGUUCAGCGCGCUGAUGGUAGCCUCUCUAGCCAUGAUCUUCAACUACGAGAAGGUAGAGAACCCUAUCAUCGACAACACUCUGUACCAAUUGAGACGGUCUGGAGCAACGAGGGCCCUUUUGGGCCAGGAUAUCCAGUUUGCAGGUGUAGUACCCUGGGUGUAUGGGAAACUGCACCCUGUAGCAGGUGAGAUAGACAUCAAGUUCUACAUCAGGGGGGACAAACCAAACGCCGUGGGUGUGGUGAAACUCGUCGCAGACAGACAGAACAGAAACCAGGAGUUCCUCAUCCAUGAGUGGAGCCUCACCGUGGGGGACCAGCAGGUGGACCUCUUGUCGGAAAACUCCUUCAACCUGAGCAGCUACUAA